GCCACACGGUAUUCCUUGGCGCACCCAGUACGGUCACACAAAUGAAAAGCCAACUCAGCUGAAAGUGAACCCAUUUUUAUACACAAAAAAUUAGUAGCUGCAGCGUAAUAAGUUGAUUUCACCCGAUCACUGCGCCCCGAAAACAAUGCAAAAUGCGGCUGACCAACGAGAAAGCAACAAUGCAGCUCCAGCUGAGUGAUUUGGCCCUGUUCCUGGGCCUGUUGAUCUGCUGUCUUCCAACUUUGACGUGGGCUGCGACUCUCUCCGACAAGCGACUGUGCGCCGACCCGAAAUGUGAACAAAUCAUCUCGACGGGAAUUGCCAAAAUCAGCUAUGCCACCGGUGGUGAGGGGCUGAUAUCCUUCAAAAUCAACUCUCCCAUCCGCGUCCUGUCCAAGAGCGCCGGUUCCAAUAUGCAACUGUGGGGUGUGGACAUCAAUGGGCGGCGCGGCUAUGCCAAUAAGGACUUCAUCAUGGAGAAGAAGAUCUUGGUCCGGGAUAAGGACCUAUUGUACGAGGUGCCAGUGGUGGGACCUGGUAGUCCAGUGCAGUCAGCGGAGACACCAGUUCAGACCGUGGAGACGCCAGUAAAACCCGUGGAGACACCAGUUCAGAGCGUGGAGACGACAGUGCAGCCUGUUCUUAACGCCUCUGAGUCAACCGAUGACCUGGCAACGACUACAACGUCACCACUUGAGAUAGCCGUUGAUACAAUAGUGGUUGAGCACGACAACCUGCAGGAUCAGCAGGUUCCUGAUCCUACUGCGGCUUCCAAGGCCCAAGUGCAGGUUAUAGAAGGAACUGAGCUUCCCCUGGAGGCCAUUGCAGCUACAACGGAAGGUAGCAUUGUUCCAGAGACGGCAGCAGACCCCCAAGAAGCAACGAAAUCGGACUCGACAGUUGUUGACACUAAAGAGCCACAGGCAUUAAAUUCUGAGCCCAAUAAAUUGCAGGAAGAGCCAAAAGCACAGCAACCUGGCAAAGAAGCUGAGAAACCUCCCCCACUGCCUCAGGCCAUCAACGCUGAACUGGAAGACGCUGACGAUUUCGAUUACGGGGAUGACGAGACAGAUGACGACUCCGAACAAGGUAGUCAAGAUAACGAAUCGAUCGAAGAGAUAGCAAACGAUAACAAAUCAAUUAACGACUCGAUUGAACUGAAACCGCUUACGGUUGAGCAACUGAACACAACUGAUAAAUUGGAGGAUGUAAAGGAUGAGACUAAAGAGAAGCAGGCAGAAAUGGAGGUCUCCAAGAAGGAAGAUUCUCACUUACCCACUGAGACCUUAAAUGUGACAGCACUAGAAGAUCCAAUUGGUCAGAAGGAAUUUCCGAAGCAGGUACUGGAUGCAGUCGUGGAAUUAAAGUCGUUAGAUCCUCUGCCAGUUGAGGAGGUUACCGAAAAGGUGGCUGAGCCAACACAAACGAUUGUCGAAGAUAAAAUUAAUGAAGAAAUAGUUCCGGUUUCAGCUGAAAUCCGAACAGAGCCUGCAAAAGAUAACGCUACCGAACCUAUUGUUGAUGAAUCUGAUGAGGAAAUAAAAGCGCCAUCUGAGUCAGUAAUCAGCUCAACCGCUCCCGCUCCUGUCGUUGAAGAGGGACCACUGAAAACAGAGCCUGUUGGACUGCCGCCCCUCUUUGAAAAGAAGAACUUUGAGAAUCCCAAUGAUUACUACAAGCAAUUGCAGGAGGAACAGGAAAAACAGAGACUGGUUGCAGAGGGGGAGCAGCAAAAGCGUUUACAAGAGGAAGCUGAGCAGCAGAAGAGGUUGCAAGAGGAAGCUGAGCUGAAUAAAAGGUUACUCGAAGAAGCCGAGCAACAGAAAAGGUUACAAGAGGAAGCGGAGCAGCAAAAGCGUUUACAAGAGGAAGCUGAGCAGCAAAAGAGGUUGGAAGAGGAAGCUGAGCUAAAUAAAAGGACACUCGAAGAAGCCGAGCAACAGAAAAGGUUACACGAAGAAUCAGAGCAGCUGCAGCGCUCAAGUGAGGAAGCGGAGCCACAACUGAGCGUUCAGGAAGACAACAUGCAGCAGCUUAAUGACUCUGUGGAUGCGCAGUCCAACGAAAUCGUUGAUAACAACAAUAAGCAGCAGCCAGAGCAAUAUCAGCAGCACCAUCAUCAUACAGAAAGUGCCUUUAAUUACCCAUCGACUGCAUCACAUACAACUCCAACGCCUGACGCCGAAUCACCGUACGCAGCAGUCCAGGAGGAGACCACAGAAGCAUCACAAACGGAUAACCGUCGUGAGGGAGUUGGUUACGUGGAGCCAGUAGCUAUGCCCGCGACGGCUAGCCCCGUGUCGGAAGUACCCAUCAAGGAGGACGCACCAGGCUUCGGUCUCUUUGCCACGAUUGUCGACACCGUAAACAAUUUCAUCGGAAAGGAUCCUCAAAGUGCUCCAGCAGAUAGCAGCGAUGAACUGCACAGAAUCCUCUAUCCAGGAAGGCCUGAGGUGACUUCUUCUCAAAGGAAGGCGGAAGACUCUGCUCCUGCCGAUGUGGAUGGAUAUUGUGCCCGGUUUCAAGCCCAUGAUGAGCACUGCCAUCGCUCUAUAUCUCUUGAUAAUUUUGUUGAAGUAAUGGCCGGCAAGCUGGUUGACCACAGCCAACUUUUACUUUGCGUAGUUAUCGCCGCGAUUUCUUCCUUGUUCUUCAUGUUUGCAUACUACUGCUUCUGCAAUAGUAGUCAGGAGGGAGCACUUCUUUCGAAGCUGAACCAUUUGGAGCGCAGUCUGUUGGCCUCCCACAAGGAGAACCUGAUCAUCAAGCACGACCUGAUGACAACGCGCACAAAGUUGGCCAGCAUUGAGGACAAUUCCUUUGGCUCAAACGACAUGGUGGCCGAUCUCAAGAAGCAACUUGAAUCUGAGCUGUACGAGAAGGCCAAGCUGCAGGAGCAGGUUGGCUCAUUAGAAAGGGAUCUGGAUAACGCGGCUGAGGCUGGCCUGGAGCUCAACAAGAUGCUGUCCGAAGUCCUGAACAGUCAGAAUGGCGAUGAGGCUUUCAUGAGCACCGUCGACGAACUGCAGCGACAGCUUAAUGACCAAGAAAAGAUCAUCAUCGAAAUCAACAACAGUCUGGCCGAGAAAAGUAGGGAGAACAGCGAACUGCAGUAUACGUUUACGGAGGCCACGACUCGGCUCAACAGCGAGCUGAAGACGCUACAAGAGGACAACUACGAGUUGGAGAUGGAGAAGUCUAAGCUGCAAACUCGUCUUCAGGAAAUUCAGGCUGAAACGGAAACGGAGUUGGCCAAGGCACUGGAAGCCAGAAAUUACGAAAUGCAAAAGCUGCAGAAUCAGAUUGUGGAGCUGACUGCCAAGUGGGAGCGCGAACAUGGCGAUCUGCAGACCAGUCUAGCAAAGAUCGAAGCCCUCGAAGAUUGCCUGAAGGCUGUCAGAAAGGAUGCGAACCUCAAUGUCCAAGAGCUGAUCACCUCGGCCAAGACACGCGGUGAACUCAACGCGGUCCAUAAGAAGCUGGUCGAGCUGCAGUCGAAGGUGGAGCAAGAAGCGGCCCACAAGCAACGUCUGGAGAGCCAGCUGCAACAGUCAAGUCAAGAUGUGGAGCAGCUGAAGCAGGACUUCAACCAAUCAGAGCGCGAUAAGCUAGAAGCCCAGACGCGUCUUGAAGUCUUAUCCGGCUACUUCAGGGAGAAGGAGAACGAACUUAAGAAAGAACUUAGUCUGCAGGAGACCAAGUGGCUGCAGCACCAGGGAGAAAAUGCCAGCACAGUGGAGACCCAGACGCUGAUGAAGAAUGAAAUCCAAACUCUGAAAUCUCAGAAUGACGAGCUGCGUGCCGAGAUCGAGGCCCAGAUAGCCUCGCACAAAGCUCAGAUGGGCACGCUGGAGAACCGCGCUCAUGAGUCCUGGCUGGCGGCGCGCCAGUCGGAGCGCCGAUGCGAAGAAGCGUUGGCCGAAGCCGCCAGCCUGAGGCGCAAGCUGACCACAAUGGCCAGCGGCGGAGUAGGAGUAGGCGGAGAUCAAGGCGUCAUGGAGGCCAUCGCCGCCAACGGAACUUCCGUGCUGGGGGCGGAACUAAAAACGGCACCAUCGCCGCUUCCCUUGCCGGGUUCACCGCUCCUGAACAUGCCAAAUCCACUGCCAUUCCUGGCGGCACCCUUCUCACCGUUCAUGGGUCUGCCGCCGCCAUUCCUGCCGCCAGCUGCAGCGGGAGGGGCACGUCCUCCGCCCCUGGGACGCAUGCGCUCUCCGCCGCCCUCGAGUCGCGGCGAUCGGGAUCGAGAGCGAUACUCGGACUACAGCGACUACGACGAUUACGACGACGAUGAGGAGGACGACCGGGGCAUGGACCGUCGUCGAAGGCACAGCGGCAGCUGGGGUCGCCACCAUCGCGGCUCCUACAGCCACUCGCCGCGCACAUAUCGCUCGCUAUCACCGUCGGACAGUCGGUACAACUACAACGACACGGAGACUGACUUCAGUCCGCCCCCAAGUCCGCCGCCCGUUCCGUCGGGACGCAGCGCGACAUCGCGACCCUACAGCGAGGUAUGAGGAGCAGGGUGUGCCCGUGCAACCAAGUCCUACCAAGUAUAUUAGACUCAAAAAACUAGUUCAAAUAUAUUUAUUAAUCAACGAUUAUCGAACGGUGGGAUCGGGGCGGGUCGGGACGGCCUCUCAAACCGAUUCCCCAAAACAGGGAUCUCAGGAGAGUUCGUGAACAACUAAGAAAACUCCUGUCUCAGCGGUGAAUGAUAUCCAAGAAAAGAAAAUUGAAACAAAUUAAACGCAAUGACAAACACCAA